AUGAAAACAAAUAAAAACAUACAGGAAAUAUCAAAAAACUCUAUUAUUAAAUCACAAAUUGACAUAUCAUUUAACGAGAUCAAAAAGCUUGUUGCAUCUUGGCUUGAACCAAAGGAGUCUAUUUUUGAAGAAAAAGAAACAAGUUCUGGUGAAGAACAUAAUAUAUUUGAAACAAAAAGGCAAGGAAAAUUAGGAUUAGGUGCAAAUGCAGAAGAGAUAAAACAACGCGUUCAAAUUUCAAAGGCAGAAAUGUUAUUAAAAAGAAAACUAAUUAAUACAAAAAAAAGAAAACAAUGGGAAGACAAAAAAGAGUCUAAAAUACUUAACGAAGAUAACGAAAAUAGCGAUGAUUUUGAUAGUAAGAAUAUAUAUGUAAAAAAACUCUCGAUAUCAGGUCAUUCAAAAAGCCAUCCUUACUACGUUAUUGGUGAAAAUAAAAAAGAAAACAGGACAGUAUCAUUUUUUGAUGUGUAUAAGAAUGAAAAACGAAAAAAAAAACGAUACCAAAAUGAUUUUUAUCCAGAAAGCCUUCAUUAUGAAAUAUUUCAUGAAUUAGCACCAAAAAUAGCACCAAUAUUACGAGGAUCUAUAAAAUAUAAUUUCAAAGAAAAAACAGCAAUUUAUCAUUCUCAAAGUUCUAUUUAUGAAAUAGAAACACUGGGAAAUAAUAUAGAAGAAGGUUUUUAUAGAGUGGGUGUUUUUGAUUCAGAAAAAAAAUUUAGAAAUGGAUUUAUACAAUGGGACCAAUUAAAGAAUUUAUUAAAACUAAAUAUAUCUAUUCAUGAAGAAAUUUCUCUUUACCUAGAUGAUUUUAACAAUGUUUGGCAUGUAGAUUAUGUAUUGAAUAUUUUGAACAAAAAAGUUUAUACCAGAAAAAAUCUCAUUAAACUAAUAGAAUAUAGGAAGAUAAAGAAAGAAAGGUUAAUACGAGUGUAA